AUGUCAGACUUGUUGGAGUUUGAGUUUUGGAAGCAGCUAUGUGCUGAGCAUGGCAUCAGCCCAGAGGGCAUCGUAGAGGAGUUUGCCACUGAGGGUACAGACCGGAAAGAUGUCUUCUUCUAUCAGGCAGAUGAUGAGCACUAUCCUCGUGCUGUGCUGUUGGACCUGGAGCCAGUCAUUCACACCAUCCUGAACUCUCCAUAUGCCAACCUAUACAACCCAGAGAACAUCUACCUGUCUGAGCAUGGCGGUGGAGCCGGCAACAACUGGGCCAGUGGCUUCUCUCCAGUGGGGAAAUUACAGGUUAACAACGUUAACUUGUUUGAAUUAAAAUGUGGUCAAUGUAUUCAUUUCAGGGAGAAAAUCCAUGAGGACAUCUUUGACAUCAUUGACAGAGAGGCAGAUGGCAGUGACAGUCUGGAGGGGUUUGUGCUUUGCCACUCAAUCGCUGGGGGAACAGGAUCUGGUCUUGGGUCAUACCUAUUGGAGCGACUGAACGACAGGUAUCCUAAAAAACUGGUUCAGACUUACUCUGUCUUUCCUAACCAAGAUGAGAUGAGUGAUGUUGUCGUACAGCCAUAUAAUUCUCUUCUGACGUUAAAGAGACUGACCCAGAAUGCAGAUUGUGUGGUUGUGCUGGACAAUACUGCUUUGAACAGAAUCGCCACGGACCGGCUGCACAUACAGAACCCUUUCUCUCAGAUUAACCAACUGGUGUCCACUAUAAUGUCAGCAAGCACAACAACCCUCCGUUACCCUGGAUAUAUGAACAAUGAUCUGAUUGGUUUGAUUGUCCUCAUCCCUACUCCCCGCCUCCACUUCCUCAUGACUGGAUACACACCACUGACCACCGAUCAGGCUGUGGCGAGUGUGAGGAAGACUACAGUUCUUGAUGUGAUGAGGAGGCUCCUGCAGCCCAAGAAUGUUAUGGUGUCCACAGGCCGAGACCGUCAGACCAAUCAUUGCUACAUUGCCAUUCUCAACAUCAUUCAGGGAGAGGUGGACCCCACACAGGUCCACAAGAGUUUGCAGCGAAUCAGGGAGAGAAAGUUGGCUAAUUUUAUCCCAUGGGGUCCGGCGAGUAUUCAGGUGGCACUGUCUCGCCGAUCCCCCUACCUGCCGUCAGCUCAUCGUGUCAGUGGACUUAUGAUGGCUAAUCACACCAGCAUCUCUUCACUGUUUGAGCGUACCUGUCGUCAGUAUGAUAAGCUGAGGAAGAGGGAGGCCUUCCUCGAACAGUUCAGGAAGGAGGACAUAUUCAAGGACAACUUUGACGAGCUGGAUAACUCUCGUGAGGUGGUUCAGCAGCUCGUGGAUGAAUACAGCGCCGCCACACGUCCCGACUACAUCUCCUGGGGCACACAAGAGCAGUGAAAUCCCCUCGGCUCACUCCCUAAAGCUCUCAGAGCGGAAAAGGGCAGGCUCUAAACUCAUCCUGUAAAAUACACAGUGACUCCAGUAGCGUAUAACGUUAGCGAAUUUCAGUAGGGAGCCAACUCCAGAGACUUGUGUCCAUAAAUCUUUUACCAUAGUGUUCUGCCAGAGGCUUCUCUGCAUUACUGCUGUGGUGAGAUCCACUCACGUAUAUAUAUUUACAUGUCAUUUGUCAUGUUUACGGGCCUAUAAGAAGUUCUUCAUAACCUGGUGCCUCUAUCCUGAACUUUCACUCUUUCUCUUUCUCUCUCCUCCUGUUUUCCUCGAUCAGAGUAUAUUUAUGGCUCUGUCUCAAUCUAUUUUUGUACUGCACUCUGCACUCUUCUGCACAAAAUCUACAUCAAUCUACGUCAAGGUGGCCUGCACACAA